AUGAACGGUUCCUUAACGUUCAACAUCCUCAUCAACAAAUUCAGAAGCUUGCAUCUUUGUCUUGGAAAAAUCGUAGACGCAGACUUGGUAAAGUUUAUCGAAACUGAGGUCGCUGUGCUGAGUGAAAAAAUAAAGAUUCAAGACAAAAAGCAAUCAGAUGAGACAAAUCUAGUAAGAAACGGCUUGAAAAGCGUUCAGGAAGCCAUAGAGGAAUUCAAAAAUGAAGUCAAUAAGACUUUAGAGUCCUUAAAACAGUCCCAUGACAAAUUUGGUCAAAGAGUAGACAAGCUUAGCGAAGCAACAUCUGCUGUUGCAGAGGAUUUGGGAACUUUGAAGAUUGAUCAACAAGACCUUGAAAUCAAAGUUGAAGGUAUUAGAGAAAACCAAGAAAUACUUGUCAAAAGAGUUAACACAGGAGAAGAAAGGUAUGCGAGGGUGGAUCAGAGGAUAGAGGAUUUGGAAAAUGCAAUAGAAUCCAGAAGUCAUCAGCAACCAGUUAUUACAUUCCAAGCUCCUAAUCGUAUUCCGUGUUUUCAUGGCCGUGCUAACGAGAUGUCUACUUUAGCAAAGCCACUUGAGGAGAAAAAUGCUGAAUGCAGUAUGAUGAUAGUUUAUGGUCUUGGUGGGACUGGCAAAACCUCGCUUGCUAUUGAACACAUUUGGAAGAACAAAGAAGUCUACAGUGGUGGGGUGUUCUGGAUAUCAGGUGAAAGUAAUGCGCUAUUUGAGCUUUCCGUAAGGGAAAUGGCUCGACGAAUAGGAACUUUUGAUGAGGAAUUUAAAACAACUUUGUCAAAAACAUUAGAUUGGUUGCAGAAAAGAAAUGAGUACUGGUGUCUGGUGAUCGACAACCUGGACGAGCUUGAACUUUCAACUGAAAUGUUGAAACUUUUGCGUGGCCACUGGAAACGGCAAGCCGCAGGGGACAUCUUAAUUACCACUAGGAGAGAAAGGCGUCUUUUAGAAGAGGAAAUAUUUGACGUUUUAGGCACAAAUUUCAUUGAGUUGAAGAAUCUUUCCGAAGCUGAAGGAGUGGAGUUCAUGAAGAUUAGAACUGGUAGAAGUGACCCAAGAGAUGAUACAGUGAUUCGUGAGCUGGUUUUAGAGUUGGGAACUCUCCCUCUAGCCCUGGACCAAGCAGCCGCCUUUGUUAAGAAUAGGAAAGAAAUUACCUUCUCACAAUAUCUUGAUGAAUACAAGAAAAAAAAGUUGAACACACUGAAGAGAUCCAAAGCUUAUUAUCCAGUUCAAGACACUUCAAAGGACCGUAUCGCUGUGCAUACUACGUGGCAACUCAACUUUGAUUAUGUAACCCGAAUGUCUGAGGAAUAUGGUAUUGGACGGGCAGCGGCUCUAGUCAUGCAAGUGUCUGCGUUCCUAUCGCCUGAUGACAUCCCACGAGAAGUUAUUAACCAAGGCUUACCCUUAGUAGAUGAUGAAGACCUUCGAGAUUGUCUAUCAUCUUCUUUUGGAGUAACUGACAUAGUGAGUGUGCUUACCAAGUUUUCGCUGUUCCAGACAUUCACAGAAAAGUCUUUCUGUGUUCAUCGGCUGGUACAAGAGGUGAUCCGAAGCAGAAUCAGUCAAGAACACCUAAAGCAUGUCCUUGUUUGUGCUUCUAGGAUGUUGAGUUACGCGUUUACUAAGACGAGCUCGCCAGUUGAAGUCUGUAAGAGUUUUGAAGGCGAUUCCGUUUUCAGACAAGACAAUUCCCCUUCAUUACAUUUAUGGGGAAAACUUGGUGCUCAUGCUUCCGUUCUACAGAAUUAUUUGAUUGACAAUUCUCAGAAGGAUGCUAUGUUCCGCCAAGAAGUACUUUACACAGAAGAGUCAGCUUCACUGCUGAAUGAGGCGUCCUUAUAUCUCAGUGUUUGUCGCCAAAAAGUAGAAGCUAUGAAAUUUCAAGAAUUAAAGAUAGAGAUUUUCACAAAAAUGGAAAUACCUUUGUCACAAGAAAGCCUAAAUAGGCUCACGUUCUUUCAAGUUCCAUUGAAAACAGUUCAAUUCAAAUUGAUUUCGCAUUGUAUGGGGAAACAAGAUACUAUUUCUGAAGAGGAUGCUGCAGAAGAGUUGGAAUCCACUAACUUUAAUACAGAAAAGGCCAACAGUUUGAGAGAAAAAGGCAAUGAAGCUGUAAGACAACAGAACUACGAAGAGGCCAUCCGCAUUUACACGCAAGCUAUGGAGUUUACCAAAGAUGAUCCUCGAUUGUAUAGCAAUCGAGCACUUUCGUAUUUAAAAGUCGGAAAACCAGAAAAGGCGUUACAAGACUGCGAAAAUUGUUUAAAGUUGGAAGAAAGGAAUGGUAAAGCAUUGAUGCGGAAAGCAUGGGCUUUGUAUGAGCUUUCUAAAACACACGAAGAAAAGUUUAAAGGAAGAAUGAGAGCUGCUGCUGCUCUUGCUGUCUAUUUUGAUCCCACCGUCACAAAUGAUAAACAUUUUAAAGAGAUGUUUCCAAGAUUGAUUUUCGAAGAAAUUAAUAAUACCCUGCAGCUAGCUGGAGCAUUCAUGCUGUCUAUUCCCAAUAAGACAUUAUUACUUCACGAAGGAUGUUAUGAUUUUGAUUCGGCAACGAUUGAUGAAGACCUUCAAAUAGUUGCUCUAAGCAAAGGUGUCAAGUUGAAGUUUUCUUCUUUCAACAUUUUUGGUUGUCGUUUUUAUGGAGAGGGCAUAGAGGUUUCUAAGGACAGUGGAAGUUUAAUUUGCCGAUCUAAAGCUUCUCUUAGUCUGUGUAAUUGCAAAUUAUCUGGAGGUUUUAGUAGUUGUGAAGAUUUCCCAGAUUGCAACGGUGGACCUGGAUGUGUUGCCGUCCAGUUUACUGGAGGUAAGCUUUGUGAUCGUACAGAGAAAUAUGGAGUUGGUGUAUCUGGUAUAUCGGGCUUUGGUACUGUUCAAGUCCUUGAAGGUGGUACUGGCUACAUAGAAAACUGUGAUAUUGUACAGUGCGGGGGAGGAGGUGUCCUAUGCCAUGGAGAUAGCUCUAGUGUAUUUGUAAAGACGUGUCGGGUACACAAAAACAGGCAGGCUGGACUUGAAGCUCGUGAAGGGGGUCGUCUAGUUGCAAUCGAUAAUGAUGUCUACACCAACGGAUUUCAUGGAAUUUUACUUGGUCCUUCUGCUGGUAAAUGCGAAAUUACUGGCAACAGAAUACACGAAAACAAUAGGGAAGGAAUCUUUGUUCUCCAGACAACUGACCAGGAAAUCUUUAUAACGAGAAAUCGUAUUUUCCACAACUUGCCUUUUGGAAUUUCUUUAGAGAGGUGCCAAGUGAAAAUAGAAAAUAACGAGAUAUUUGAGAAUGGUUUUUAUGGGAUUCUUGCCAACACCUUGACGACAGCUGUCGUGGAAAAUAACGAUAUUUACAGCAACAAGUGUGGUGGUAUAAUCAUUGGCAUCAACUUUUCCGGCCGUAUUGUCAUUAACUCGAAUAUUGUUCGAGAUCACAAUGGUCCUUGGCUUCAAUUUGAGGAUGCUUCUAUUUCUGUACCUGGCAUUAUUGGUGGAACAGAGCGUAAUAAGCCUUGUUAUCUCCCAAAAGGAGAGACUGCCUUUUAUACAACACAACCAGUUGUUGCAAACAACGAAAUAAGAAACAACAAAGAGAUGCUAUUUCACCCAAAAGAUAAAAUGGAAUCAGUUCAGAACGAGUGUGGCUUUUGUCGUAGCUCCAAGAAUCUUCAAAGAUGUUCAGGGUGUAACAUAGCGUUAUAUUGCAACCCGACUUGUCAAAAAAGACACUGGGCCAAACACAGACCAUUGUGUUGCGCUUUGAAUGAUCAAUAUUCUGUACUUGUGGAACCCAAGAGCUAUACUUCUUCUGAUUCAGUCAAGGUUAGGACAUUUGGUGCACAUUUAAAGGGCAUUGGGAAAGGACCAAGACCAGAUCCACAGAGCAAGCAACGGUUUAUUGUAAAAGUUCAAACUAGGCAUAAUAAUUGCCAUCCUCUUCAGAUACUAUCCGUUUAUGACAAGAGCCUUUCCAUUGAUGGUUAUUUUCAAAGUCCUGAAGUAUUUAACGUGAUAAUGGAGUGUGGAGUUCUUGGACAAAUGUCCAAAUUUACCAGCAAAAAGGCUUACUUUUAUGCAAGGUUUGCCGAUGGCGGGAAAAAACUUAACAUUUAUUUGGGGCACUUAGCACCGUAUCAGGAAUGGUAACAUUUUAUAUAUUACUAGGAGUAUACCAAUGAAUCAUAUCACAAAGCAGGCAAUUGCAAAAAUGUACGUGCAUCGGCCGAAAAGUGCGCGCGCUUUAAUAUUCGUUCGUGUGAAGAAGAUGUGUUUAAAAAAAACACUGUGGAGAGGUCACUUACUUGAAUGAUGCAAACUAAGCUUAGGACGUUAGUCUAUCCUUCAACACCACCACUCACUACAUUUCUGGAUUAGUACACAACUGCUCAGUGUUUUAUUAUCUUUGAGAUGAAAGGGUGGAAGACUACACACUUAUUUGUCGGGAGGAGAAUGGGUAAAGAUAGGAAAAACGGUAACCACAUUGGUGACUUGUGAACAUCAGUGAACAUACAAAAUUACAUUGUAUAGAGAACACAUGUAAAAAAGGUGAAUAUCAACUGCAACAAAUUGAUAGUCAUCUUAUUCCAGGCAGCUUUUUAGACCAGGAAGUCGUAGAUGAGGAGGCAGCAUGGUCGAGUGGUCAUAGCGUCGGUCUCGCAAUCCGGUGGUGCCGGGUUCGAGUCCCGCUGUGGCCACUAGCUGAGACUGUAUUUGUUCCGAUUCCUGAUUAGUUCAGAUUCAGUUUCUCGACCAUGCUUGUUAAUAGCCAACUGGUUUGCCUCCUUGCCAGUUGGGAUUCUUAACAUCAUUGCUUUAUGUUCAUUUAAUCUUUCAUUUCAGUUUGCUAAUCGUAGGAGGGCCAUAAUGGAAACUACUGGGUCACCAGUAAUGUAUGUCACCCUCGUUAAAUAAAGUCAAUUUAUUUAUUU